AAAAGACACGAAGCAUGUGAAUCAAAAUGAAAACACCAUCAGAUAUACACCAGAAAGAAAGGAAACCGGAGGGAUACCAAAAAAUGCAGGCAUGUGAUGAUAACGCAUCAGUGUGAAAGCAUCUGGACUUCUUCUAACAAAUUAUGUGAAACAGUCCAUACUACAGGCUUAACAUCGUGACACACCAGUUGUCUUAUCAGAUCACAGACCGGAUUCUGAAUGCUUCGGAAUGGGAAAAAAAAAUCCCUUCUCCACAAAGGAUGCUAAAACUGAGUUAUUAGCGCUUCGCGUGCGCAGUUAAAACCACUGAUCGCGAGCUGUCACAACGAUGGAUGAAGGAAGCAGCAGCCCCUCAGAGAUCCAUGUCUAAUUGAGUCAGGCUGCAGCACACCAAACAUUUCUGUCUUUGAUUCGUGGGAGAGUGGAAGAUAAAGCUCGAAAGAGAAUUAGUGAGAAAGAUUGAGAUGAUGUGAUGCAAAGAAUGAAUGGAUUUGGAUAUUGCAGAGAGAAGAACGCAUGAUGAUAGGCCAGAGCGGGGAGAACGGAAAGAGAUGCGUAGAGAGGUAAAUUGCUGUAGAGGGGAACCUUCUCUGCACCCUCUACCUUCUACAUGACCCCACUCUCCCUGUUUCAUCGGCUCCCGUGAAGAUACGUAACACUCUCUAAUACACACUGACAGCAUGUCGUCCACUGCCCAGAUUCUGGCCUUUAAGCUCUCCCCACCCUCUCAGGAUGGGAGUCCAGAGCGUCUGUUCAGCUGUGAUGAGGACAUUGAACGGCGCUAUGAGGUGGUCCCGUCUGUCGUCUGCUCCAUGUGUUGCCUGUUUGGCAUCAUCUACUGCUUCUUCGGGUACCGCUGCUUCAAGGCGGUAAUGUUCCUCACGGGUCUGAUGUUCGGUUCCAUCAUCAUCUUCAUGCUCUGCUAUAAGGAGAGGGUCAUGGAUACUCAGCUCAGUGUGGAGGCCAGUGUGGGCAUAGGCCUGGGCAUUGGCACGUUGUGCGGUUUGGUCACUAUGCUGGUCCGCAGCGUGGGGCUUUUCAUGGUUGGACUUCUCCUGGGUUUACUGGUGGCCCUGGCCUCUCUGGUGGUUCUGGAGGAGUUUUAUCACCCGAGGACAGUGUGGCUUCCCCUGGGUGUGCUGCUGGGCUCGGGAAUGCUGUUUGCGGUGCUCACGUUGCAGUGGCAGCGCUGUUUCACCACCCUCUCCACCGCCGUCUUCGGAUCAGCUGUGGUGACUGUGACUGUGGAUUAUUUUGUCGAGCUCUUCGCUUUGACACGGUAUAUCUAUGAGAGGGUGAAGGUGGAUCCGCCUCGCCCAGUGUGUUGGUUCACAUGGGUGGUCAUGGGAGUUUGGCCGGUGCUGGCGCUGCUGGGUGUUCUUGUUCAGUGUAAGGUCACGGCUGAAGGAUAUUCACACACAGAAGUCUUCAUUAGUCACCAGCAGAGACGAGUGCAGUUAAUGCGAAUUCGUCAAAAGGAAGAAAGAAGGGAAUGCCGAAAGAAAAAGAAGAAAAAGCCACAGAAACAGCUGCCGCAGCAACAGAAGUACCACCACCCCCCUCAAACCAACCCUCAUCCCCCAAACCCUCCUCCCAAACUCCAGGCUCCGGAGCCCACCCACCGCCGGAAACCCAACACCAUUCGCCGCUUCGAUGGAGAUGUACUUUCUCCAAGUUACAUCCAGAACUUCCGUGACAGACGUACGGACAGGAGGGGCUACUCUCAUGGCAGGUUGAUUGGCAGCUCACAUGUUGUAGAUUUGGACUAUGACUACGGCUCCCAAGUGCCCCUAACAGCCCAUACAGGCCCCGCAGUGAGAGGUUGACCCUGCACCCUUUAAUGAACAGGAAUUGCACUGCGCAAACCAUUCCGAGAACCGAAAACUUUGUGGCUGGAUCAGAUCUUUAGAGCAUGCAAUUACCUCAGCCGUCACAAUGGCUGACGGGACUUUCAUACCUAAAUCCAUUUGCUGUAUUGCCAUGAUUUUUUUUUUUUUUUAAUGCCAGAGAAGUUGCAGCAAAUGGAUCGUAUGCCUACAAAACAAUGCGUAACCACAGUACGGCUCUGUUCUCUUGCAUUUAACUCCAUUAUAUAUUGCUGAAGAUGGUUGUGGUAUGUAUGCCUGCUCCUCGGAGGCUCAUCUUCCCAUAAUUAGGCUGCUGUUUCACUCCGUCCGAGAAGAACGUUCUCAUUACCACAGCAGAAGUUUUAAAGAAGAUCCAUUAUGUUCAAUCUGAACUCUGGACCAAAUACAGCCUUGGCUUUUAUGUGACUAAGCUGUCAUAAAGCAUGCAUGGUUUCUGCCAGACAGACUAUUCGUAUAUCCAGUUUACAGAUUCAAACUUCAGUCCUCCGGACCUUUUAAAGAUGUUUCAGAUAACAUUGUGUUUACAGCACAGGCAGGGAGGUGUGUAACAUUUUAUAACGUUUCAAAUGGCUUUAUCUGCUCUGUGUCAGGGCCUACACAAAAUCUGUCAAAUCGUGUAUGGUGAACACAAUCUCUGUUCAGUCUGAGCCUAUUGCACAAGCAUAUACUGAAAUGUGCGUUCAUCGUUAGCCAAUGCAUGUGGGGGAAGUGCCACCAUUGCUUUUGUGUUCGUAGAUGUACACUUUAAUCUGUUUUUUUUUUUUCUGUUUAUGGCUUAGUAUCUAGAGACUGGUUGGGUGGCUCCCAGUUAAAUCUCAGGGGCUGUGGCAUCUAGAAGAGCCCUAACGAUAUAACUGUGAACACUAAGAGGUUUUGUGUGAGUGAUUUUAAGUGUCCUUGCCUACAAGAGAGAGUUUUGAAAGGGAUUAAAGAAAGAUGCCUAAGACGGGUGGAAGAGAUUUACAGUGGUGAACUUCUCACAGAAAAAGAUUUUCUGUAUUUCUGUGUGUGUAGAAAGCAUGAAAAGGAGAGAGGGAGAGAUAUAGACAGAGUGUGUCUGUAUGUGUAUUUUGUGUGGGUGUGUGUGUGUGUGUGCGUGCAUGGAUGUGUGAAAGCAUUUGUCUUACUGUGAGUCUGCAGCAGGGUUAAGUCUUAAUUUCUGAUUUACCUUCAUGUUCAGAUGUGGGGUGAUUUCACACCCAGUUUCCCCUCUGUGUUUAUCAGGGCUGUCGGAGCAAUGAAGAGUCAAAGUCUAAUCUUUUCCUCACUCUGAAGUAGUGAAAGGGCUCAAAGGCUUAAUUUCCUCUCUGUUUACCGUGUCUUUUAAAGUGACAGAUUGGCUCUCUUGUAAAUUUUUGUACAUUGUCUGAAUGUAAAUAUGCUUACAUGCGAUUCUGUAUUAUUACUAGUGCAUUGAUUAAUUUUAUAAUUUUUUUUUUUUCUAAUCAGUGGUUACAUCUGUGUUGAAGAACUGUCUUUUGAAUUGUCCCAUUGAUAGACAUUUGUAAUUAUAAUUUAUUACUAAUUUAUUAGAUUAAGACUUCAAGUGGAGCUCUGUAUGUAAUUAAAUUGAUGUUGACCAUUAUUAUUAUUAUUCUUGAGCAUGUAUUGUACAGUACUGAUAACCAUAAAUGUUGUGCUCCUGAGGUCAAGUACAUGUGUGUAUGACUGUAUGUGUCCAAUUUCCUCUUAACACACUGCUGUUUAAAAAAAGAAGUCCUUUGAAGUUUGAAGUCCUUUGAAAAAAGAAGUUCUUUGCCAUCAGAUAGAUGGCAAAGAACGUGGCGGUAGAUGCCUUUGAGGCAUGGGGUGAAACAUAUUAAAUUGUGUGAACUAGUUACUGGCGGCAACAAUAAAGACAAAACAUGCUCAAGUAGCUCUGUGAUGCACAGAAUAAUUUUCCAUUUUGAAAAUAAAUGUGCAUACCCCUGCAGGGGUAGAAUUCAUUUACACAGAGGAAAAUGAAAAAUCACAUUAAAAUGGAUUAUUGUUGUCAUCCUAUUGUUUUACUUGCAAAUCGAUGGAAGAGGCUACAGAUGUGAUUUCAGCUGUGUGGUUUCCUUUAAAUUAUCCUAGAUGUCUCGAAUUGCAGUUUUUCAUAAUACAGAAUUACUAAUUUGUCCUUUAUUUGACUCGCAUCUUGUGAGCUGUUGGAUAGUUUUAACUAGCAAAAUAUUUAUUUGCUUUUAUGCAAUGGUCACUAUCAUUUGUUAUAAGGUGAAAGAGUCUAGUUUAUGUCUACUGAAUCUCAGACCAAGGGGAUGAACUGGUAACGCUUCUCUUUCAUU